CUUCUCGCUGUGCUUUUGUCCGUUUGCUUUCAUUGUCAAUAAAGUUAUUUAAAAAAAAAAAACCGUGCUAGCUCGUUGUUGUGGCCGUGAAACCCCUGCGAAGACUACAUUUCCCGGCACGCAGUGCGCGCAGAAGUGACAGCAGAGGGGGGAAGAUCAUCAUGUCGGCUGUGAGGGGUGCUGGUGCAUUGCUAGGUGACUGAGCCUUCCCUGUUAUUGUUGUUUGGAGCUGUGGGGGUCUCCAGGUCGCUCUGUCUCCGGGGAGCUGUCCAUGCUGAGUCCCUCCAGGCCUGGCAGGGCCCAAGCUGCAGCCUCAGAGCUCACCUGACCUUUGGACUCCCUAACCUGAGCCCUACAAACAGGCUGCUAUGGGUGUACAGCUGGUCACUGCAUGGGGGGUGGGGAGGGGGUCUGUGUGUUAAUACCUAAUUAAUGUUAUCUGACUGCUUUGUCAUUGUAUUAUCAUUCAUAUUUCUUUUGCAGGUUAAAGAGACAGAGGGCUAUAUUAUUAUUAUUAUUAUUAUUAUUAUUAUUAUUGUAUUAUAUAGCGCCAUCAGAUUCCGUAGCGCUGUACAAAGGGUGGACUAACAGAUCUUACUCAUGUAAACACAAAUGUUAUUAGACUAUGAUUAAUAUUAUUAUUAUUAUUAAUAAAGCGCCAACAGAUUCCGUAGCGCUGUACAAAGGGUGGACUAACAGAUCUUACUUGUGUAAAUACAAAUGUUAUUAGACUAUGAUUAAUAUUAUUUAUAAAGCGCCAACAGAUUCCGUAGUGCUGUACAAAGGGUGGACUAACAGAUCUUACUCAUGUAAAUACAAAUGUUAUUAGACUAUGAUUAUUAUUAUUUAUAUAGCGCCAUCAGAUUCCGUAGCGCUGUACAAAGGGUGGACUAACAGAUCUUACUCAUGUAAAUACAAAUGUUAUUAGACUAUGAUUAUUAUUAUUUAUAUAGCGCCAUCAGAUUCCGUAGUGCUGUACAAAGGGUGGACUAACAGAUCUUACUCAUGUAAAUACAAAUGUUAUUAGACUAUGAUUAAUAUUAUUAUUAUUAUUUAUAUAGCGCCAUCAGAUUCCGUAGCGCUGUACAAAGGGUGGACUAGCAGAUCUUACUCAUGUAAAUACAAAUGUUAUUAGGCUAUGAAUAAUAUUAUUUAUAAAGCGCCAACAGAUACCGUAGCGCUGUACAAAGGGUGGACUAACAGAUCUUACUCAUGUAAAUACAAAUGUUAUUAGGCUAUGAUUAAUAUUAUUUAUAAAGCGCCAACAGAUUCCGCAGCGCUGUACAAUAGGAGGGCUAACAGACAAGUAUUUGCAACAAGAGGAGUUGGAGUCACAAGAACAGAGGGUGUUGAGGGCAGGGAAUGCUACCAUAGAGUUUACUUAUAAAAUAUAGAAUUAGUGGGGAACAUGACUUGUAUGUUUACACAUAUGCUCUGUGAACCCUGAUCUAUUACAGUUUUGAUAAUGUCAUGUUACAGGUAAAAUUGGUCAUUUAGUACCUUUUCGUUGUAUAGGAUUUAGUCAGUGACUUGAAUUCGUAGGUUACUUUUUCUAUUCUUGUUUUGGUUCAUUGAACUUGUUCUGUUUUGACGCAGAGAUGUUGUAUUUUUGAGCAUGUUCCUGUGUUUUCCGAUAUGUGCCUGAUAACUCUAAAGCUUGCAUGUGCGUAGAGAAGUCGGUCUGUAAAUAUUAGCUUUCCUGUUAUUAGCUUAAAUUAUUAAAAUGGUUCAAGAAUAGAGAACACAGAAAGCUAGAUAAAAAUAAAUAAUAAUCAUGACUAGACUCUAAAUUACCCAGUUAAACCAUAAACAUUUGUUGUAUUAUUUCCUGUGUUUGUAUUAAUAUUUUUUUGUGAAUUUUUUUAUUUAUUUAUUUAUUUUUACCUUAAAUUUCCUUCCUUCAACUGCAGGUUUUCUGCUUUUGUUACAGUGUACCUGCUUUUGUCAGAAAAAAAUCCCACCUUGUAUAUUUGAUGUAUCCCACCUUGAGAUAUUUGUAUAUUUUACUAUAUAUCAUAAAUAAAAAAGAAAGUUUUUUUUUUUUUUUCAUGUGUGCAGGUGAAUAUGACCUUAUAUACAGUAUUUGCAAAUUGAGAAAAGUAAAAUGCAAAUGUAUAAAAUGUGAAUUAAAAUGACAUAGAAUUUAAACAUACAUGUAGACCAUUCUAAUAUACAUAUACUGUUACCUGAGGGAAUUUAGAUUUAACUCAGUUUUGUUGCUUCUUAUUAAUCUAUAAGUUAAUAUUCAAAAUAUAAACGGUUAAUUGAAACCUGAAUUGCAAAAUGUGCUACUUUUUGUAGAAUAACAUAGAAACAGCACAUUUUUUUUUUAAAUGGGAUAAAAAUUCUUCAACAUGUCUCCUUCUAGAACACGGCACAGUUUUUUUUUUUCAAACCGUGACUGUUUUAACUAUUAAUUCUCUUUAGUUUGAUGCAGGUCGUUUAGGAGUACAGACUUUGUUUUGAACAUUACCCAGAAACAAUAUGGCAGACACUACGGUAGACACUAAGCCUCUUUACCAAACACGAUUUGAAGCAGCUGUCAGUGUAAUACAAAGUCUGCCCAAAAAUGGUAUGUAUUUGCAAGAAGCAGCAUUUGCUAUAUUAUUUCCAUUGAAAGGGUUAAUAUAGACUGGAAGAAAACCCUGUUUUGUAAAGGCAAUAUAUAGAUCAGGGGUGCCCAAAAGGCAGAUCCUUAGAUGUUGUAGAACUACAAAUGAGAGAGAGAGACUCAUUCUGGUUAUUUAUUUCUUUUUUCCAUCAUUUUAAUUUUUUGUUAUGUUUGUUUUCCCCUUUUCCCAUUAUGGUUAUAUUUGUAUGGGUGUCUUUUUAUUUAUAUUUUUUAUUACAACUUGUUGUGAUAUAGUCAGCAUUUGCAGAAUCUUGCAUAAAUAUUAGUAACGAUUAAAAUGCCACCUCUUUAUGGUUCCAAAUGUGUUUCUAUGUCAUGUACUUAAAAGUAUAUUAAUUUUCUGCCUUGCAACAUUUUUUUAGGGUCAUUUCAGCCCUCAAAUGAAAUGAUGCUGAAAUUCUACAGCUUUUAUAAACAAGCAACCUUAGGACCCUGUAAUACUUCAAAACCUCAGUUUUGGGAUCCCGUUGGACGAUAUAAAUGGUGAGUUCCCAUUUUCUGGGAAGUUGUUACUGGCAAGUGUAUCAACUUCCUUGCGUUGAUUUGCUUUAGAACUGUUACUCUUUUUUUUUUUUUUUCAUUCUUUAUUUUUGCAGUGCAUUGAGAUAUGACAAACGAGCAUGCGGUACCCCAACGGCAAUCCUCAUGCUUUUCGAGAAACCGUUAUAACAUUAGGGUUUGGUUAGUACUUGCACAUUUUUAUAUUAUAGGUUAAGAGAGGGUUUAGGUAAAUUGAAUAGUACAACUUGGUGAGGUUAAAACAGGCUUAUACGAUUCGAGAGCAUGUUAAAGGUUAAAGAGGCUUAAUCUUACUACAGGUUUGGCAUGUCAUAUUAUACAGCUUUAUAAUGCAGUGGUUCUGCGCAGUUAUACAAUCCAUUUGGAUUGACAGGGUGGACUAUGUGUUUGCAUGCUAUGUGUGUUGAAGGGUAUUAUGUUAGUGUCUAUGGUGAGGCAGUGGAGGCAGGGUUUGGUGUCUAGCAUGUUCAUGAAUAGGCACUUUUUUUAUAUUUUAUAGGGGGGGAGGGGUAUUUUCAUUAUCCCGCCACAAACUAUGAGUGUAGAUGUGGGAGCGCUGCUGUGCUCUGUCAGUUUGAGGUGGGCUGUGCAGGGCUCUUUGUGCCAUUAGGUGCGAACUAUCUACAAAUUCAAACAUGGUGAAUAUUCCCUCAAAGACAACAUAUAAGCAAAAUCAUUAAAUAUGCAACAGGGCAGGCAAUAAACUUCUGGUAUUAGUUGGGUUUGUGAAAAGUAUGCUUGUGUCCUCGUUCUGCUUCCCCUGGAGGGGCUAAGUGUCCAGCGUCAAACCGGUCCCCAGAGGCUGUUGUCGUUCCGUGGUCUUGGAGCUCCCGGCGCUUGGAACAAAGGGGAUGAUGUGUUCUGGGUCCCAGCUAUCUGUGGUCGGCCUCCCAUGUGGGGCAGCAGCGAUCGGGAUGUCCAGUCCCAGUGCCUUCAGAAACUCGGGUACGCCCUCCAUUGAGGUGAGUGUGUGGUGAGUUCCAUUCCGGUGCACCAUUACGGAACCGUUGGGCCCCCAUCUGUAUUCAAUGCCCACCGACCUCAAGCCACUGGUGAGAGAAGAGAAGGUUUUCCUCCAGGUGAGGGUGGCUUUCAUUAGGUACUGGAAGAAGUACAGUGUAGUUCCUUCAAAAUCCAGUGGUGUUUUCCCUUUAAGGGCCGCCAUGAGCUGAAGUUUGUCCUGUAUUGUUGGACAUCUGAGUAUCACAUCUCGGGCUGUGUUUUUCGGUGCCCUGGCGGAUGAGGGUAGGCGAUAUAUCUCUGCUGUGGCUAGUUUUUUCGCUGCGGCUGUAGGCAAGGUUGUGGCUAUGAGGCGCCUGGAGUAGUGUGGUAGUUCGUUUGGUGUGAUUUCCGCAGGGAUGCCCCUUAUCUUUAUAUUAGUGCGUCUUUGUUUGUCUUCCAGAGCAGUGAGAUGUGCAGUUAUGGCUCUAUGUUGUGCAUAUACUUGCUGCACUGAUUCUUGUAGGUCAGAGAGAUGUUCCUGCAGGCUCGUGAUGUCUUUUUCGGUUGCCUGCACCCUGCUGGUAAUUACUUUGAUGUCUUUUUUGAUGGGAGCAAGUUUCGUCGCUAGAAUUGUGUGAAAGUCCGUCAGCAGGGUUUUUAGAUCCUGUCUGGUGAUUGGGGCUGUGUCGGCUGCAUCAUCCCUCUGUUUUGGGCUCUCUACCUGGGUGUCCUUGGAGGCCGCCAUUUCUGGGUGGUGAGUGUGGGCUGCGGGGCACGGAGGUUCAGCAGGGGCGGUUUUGGCCUGCAUAGGCCUCUGAAGCAUGGCCCCGAUAUCCCUGCUGUCUGCUGUGUGUUGUGGUCGUUGGGAGCGGCGACCCAUAGCUGGCAUGUGUGCCGGUGAGUCUGUCGUCUUGGGGGUCACCCAGUCCCACACUUGCCUUGCCACUGUGCCACUCAGGAUCGCCUCCAGGCCUGUGUGCGUCAGUGUGGGGUAGGCCCGGUUCUCUUUCUCCGCUUGGGUUGAUGGCGGCCGCAAAGAACGGCAUCUACUGCUUCAGGAUGGGUUGGAGGGUCUGUGUGUACCCUUUCUGUAGCUGGAUGGGCCUGUUGUGGCGUGAUUUUCCCGGAUUUAACGCGGUUUGUGGAGGAGCACAGAAGAAUGGCGUCUCCCCAGGUUGAUGGUCAGGCUCCGCCCCCCCUAGAACUGUUACUCUUACGUUAAAAUUGUUACUUUUACUCCUGUGAAGUAAAUAAAUAUACACAAUUGUCUUAAAAUGCAGCAGUAAUUAAACACCAGGUAAGCCUAUCAUUGCUUCAGCCAUACUAACCGGUAACAGCAACUGACUGGCAGAGCUGGGGGAGGGGGAAUAAAUAUUAGAGAGUCUGAGAAUUUUUCACAAUUCUGCUUCUUUUGCCUGAAUCCUGCACAUCACUUACUGUUCAAUGAAUAAAAGGUCUUUGGCAUUUAAUGAUGUAUUUCAAAUAUGAAUUGAUUUGAUAUUUUAGGGAUGCUUGGAGCGCUCUAGGUGACAUGUCUAAAGAAGAUGCCAUGAUUGCGUAUGUGGAGGAAAUGAAAAAGGUUCGUAGUUGUAGGUUUUAAUUUUGUUAUAAUUAUAAUAAUUGUAAAAAAAAAAUAAAAAAAAAAUUAAAUGAAAAAAUAGUGUUUACAUGUACUUUGGUAUUUCCUAAGCUCAUAUCCACGUUUUUUUAUUUGGACAGAAAUGAAGCAAUUUCCCUAUUAACUUUACGAAGUACAUCUAAUUUUACAUGUACCUCUCACUGGCUAUAUAGUAUUCGGUAGUAAAAAGGAUUUGCCUUUUUAUUUUUUGCGAUAGCAAUAUAGUAUAAUACGGCAUACUAACCAGUCGGGUGCUUAAAGUUUUAAUCUUUGGAAGCAGGGCCAACAAGUAAAAAAGAAAACCAAUAACAAAUGAUGUAAGUUUGCCAUUUGAAAGACAUUUCAUAAUUGCAUACAUCUAUGAACUAAUUAAUUUGUGUGUGUGUGUGUAUAUAUAGGAUGUUACUGUAAUUAUAAUAACAAGGUAACCUCUGAUCCCAUGCGUAGCAGUCAAGCAAAUAAACACUGUGAUAAUAAGGUACCAACAAUACAGUACUCACAAGUGGAAUGUGUUAUACAAGAGUAAGAAAACUCUUUGAAUAAUUAUUUCAGCACAGUUACUCCAGACUCCCUGCGAUGGCACUUAUUUAUUUUAUUAUUUAUUUAUAAAAUAUUGUCCCCAGGAAAGAUACCUUGAGAUUUCUCUCAUUUUCACUUGUUUGGUAGUUCAUUUUGUGUCACAUAUCUUACAUAUCUUACUCCUUUCUGUUUUUUUUUUGUGUGUGUUACUUUUUAUUUUUCUUGCUUGUAAGACAUAUGAGUGUGUUUCUAGUGUAGAAAGUGUGAGAAAUGUAGGGAAUGCGCAGAAUUCUGAGAACAGAAUAUGCUCCAGGGUAGUAAACCUAAAGUGCAUGUUGUUACGGGCUUCAGUGCUGGCUAAUUAUUUUAAACUACAUUUCCAAUAUGACCCCGGCAACUCUAGAUUAGCUGUUAACUUGAAUACUAAAUUCUUACUCUGCAGUGCAGUUGUAGAUAAUCUUGUUUGGUAGCUUCCUUAGAACUGUCAUUUAUUCAUAUAAUAUGGUGGUAUUUGGGUUAUGACGUAAGUGAUGUAAAACUUCCCUCUGAUGCAUCUUCGUCUGCCUUGCAGUCUAUCACAUCUAGAAUAGCUGCGCCAAAUAGGGUGAGUUCUCAGGUAUAAUAAAAAAAAACACCUCUUACUAAAAUACAGACAUAGAAAUGUUUCUAAUUUUUAUGAAUUUUUUUUAAAUUUUUUUUUUGGGAUUAUUUGUGACUUUUCAAAUACAUUGCAAAAGAUAAUGAGGUAAACUAAAAAAGCAGCAUGGAAUUUCAAAGUCUCAUUUAGAUCAUCCAUUGAAAAUAAGUUAAAUGAUUGCAAUGAUAUGCGUCGCUAAUGUUGGUGUUGUGUGUGUUUGUGUGUUUCUUUCAAUGUUCUGGAUGGAUAUUCUGUUACCCUAAGCAUACCUUACGGAAUAUGGCUAGGCUAACAGGCAGUGGUGAUUGCUAUGCUAUGUUGUGACCUCUUGCAUUUUGGAAACUAGAUCCUUGAGACCAUGCCAAUCACGGAGAAAGUGGAAGAAUUACUUCAAGUCAUAGGUCCAUUUUAUGAACUAGUGGACGACAAAAAACAUGGCAGAGGAUCUGGUGUAUCAUCAGGUUGGGCUAACUUCUGCUUUCUAUUUUAGCGCAAACCUAGUCAAUAUGUUCCUUCUCCACUUGCUGUACAUUUCAAUCUGUCAGAUCUUUCUGUUCUCUUUUCUUUCACAUGACAGUACGGCUGGACAAAGUUACUAAAUCUCUAGAAGGUAGGAAUAAAAGAAGAAACACAAUGUGUUUUACUGUAAAGAGGAAGUACUAUUAUUUGACUUAUUUAAAGCAACCUUUUCAUUUUGUUACAUCAUUUCCAGCUUUGAAUGUGGCUUUUGUUUUCAUGUUAUACAUCCUUUUUCUUAGUAGCUGUCUGUAUCGUCAUUAUAUAGUGUUGAAGGAUCAUAUUAAAGAGGAAUUUACAUUUUCUGUUUAUGUAUUCAUGUAUUUAACAUUUAAGAUCUGAUAAAUAACAUGAAAAUGUGGAAAUCCACACCUCAAUUUUCUGCACCUAGGUUCCUCUACCGUAGCCACCUGUCAGUCAUUGUUUUAAACUCUCUGUCUUCAACCCACCCACCCUCCUCCAGCAGUCCGCACAGACAAAGCAUACAGAGAAGUGGAGAAUUAAAACAAUGUUACUGACUUUGUCUUUUGUGACAAAGCAUCUGUGUCUAAAUUGAAUGCAUCUCAUGAAAAAAAGUUAGCACAGGUUAGGUGAUAUACAAUGUUUUAUUGAAUGGUGUUUAUUCCAGAGAAGUUACAGUUCACUGUUUUUUUUAUAAUGGCAAUGUAUCACGUGUGUUCCUUAACAGUGUAAUCUGAGCCUGUCACCUGGAAAAAAUAUUUUACGACGAUUUAUAAUGAUGCAUACAAACUUUGGCUUUUAACAUCCAACAAUAUUAAGCAAAUACACUUAUACAUACAUACUACUGUUUUACCUAUGGUACUAUGGGUAUAUUGGUUACUUCCUAAUUUCUGUUUGUAACGAUAAGAAAUACUUUCUGCUACGUAACUCUUCUAUGUACAUUUAACAAAUGUUUAAAGCCAAUAUAAACUAUUUCUUUUCCUCCUUGUGGUACUUCCCUGUUACAAGGUGACAUUCUUGUGCCGUAUCAUUUUUGUUCUUAGCCAAAUCUUCCACAAUCCUUUUUAUUUUUGUGAAACAGUUUCUUAAUACCUUGUGCAAAAUUGGCAUGUGAUGCAGAGAAUUAGUGUUGCAUUGUGGGUGUUUUCAACGUUGACUCAGUCUGUGACCUGAAAUGGAAUGUGACUGGCAUAGAUAUACUUUAAAAGUGGAAAUACACACUAGUGGAAAGAGCGUUCUGAUGCACAUUUUCCCUUCUAACCAAGUAUGUUUAAUGGCUUCUCUUAGACUGCAGUCUUGGUCAGAAAUAUCUAAUUUUUAGUUUGUAACCGCGGCUGGUUCCCUUAUUUACCACUAUAAUGUCUUAAAGCAUAGAACUUAGUAGGGCUAACCAUACAGAUAUCUAUAUAAUUUUAUAUAGUGUAAGAGAUCCUCUAUUUAACAUAUAUAAAUAAUUGAGAAUACAAUAUAAAAUAAGGAUUGUCUUGGAAGCAAUAGUUUUGUCUUUUAGAUAUUUAUUAUAUAAAAUCCAUUAUAGUAGAGUUUAUAAGAUUAAAUUAAAUGCUUGCAAAUAUCAUUAAUAGGUUAACAUACCCUUCUGAACAUGUCAUCAUGUCAGCCUCUCUGUCAUUUUAAGAUGGAGCAGUGUCUGUCUCCAAGUCUCUCCUCUGUGUCUUAACAUUUAAAAGUACACCUAUUUAUACCUUAGGUGUCUCCAUUUUAGGGUUACCGUACUUCAUAUAUGAAAAAGUAACACUUCUUUUAGUUUUUUUUUAGAUUUUUAGGACCUCCCUUAACUUGGCAAACAUACAAGGCUAUAACUAAAGGGUGCAUACCUCAUGGAAAUUUUCCUGACUUAGUUCAAGAUGGCAUCUGAACUAAGGAUGAACUAAGGAUGUCUGGACAUCCUUAUCUACUUAAGAUUACCACAGUAUAUUACAUACUGAAAGAGUGGUAGUAUAGCCUUGAAGCUUGUUUAUGCAUUAUUGUUAUUGUAAUUCGUCUAGGACAAAAUGCCACAGACAUAUUAUACACUGAGGUUAUUGCUUAAAGAAACAGUUAUGAAAAACAAUAUGUUCCAUUUCUAACACCUUGUCAGUUUGCAAUAUCUCUUAAAGACAAAGUACACAGUUUAAGAAAUACAAUAUUUCAUUCUAAAACUUGUAAUAUUUGCAUUUGCCCAUAAGUUUAUUUGCAAAUGUUUCUGUUCAUCAUACCGGUCUGAUUUCAUUAUUGAAAGACUUGGCAUUUGUGAUCCAUUUUCCCACCUUCAUUCUCUAGGUGCUGCAAGUUUAUACCCUAAGCAACAGUCUUUUUAUUUUCCUGCAGUGUGAUAUUUUCUGCAUAGGCUGAAUGUUUCUUUUUUUUCUAUUUGUUUUUAUUUAUUUGUAGGUUCAUCUUAAGUUAAACAGUAAGACUCGCAGGUCUAAUCAUUUAUAUAACAUUUGCAUAACAUAAACAAGGAAAACUCAGGAUCCAUGAGCGAAAUAUACGUUUUGAAGACCCAUUGGCUUGCCGGCUCAUGUUAUAAUGGGACUCGCAGUUCAGAGUCGACUUUCUGGGGAGUAGAUCUAGUUAACCUCUCCCUACUUUAGGGUACAUAUAUGCUCACUUCUGCUAUAACAUUGAGUUUAUCACCUUAGUUUUUGUAAACUCCAGGUUUCAAUCUUAAGUGGAAGCUUACACAUAUUAUGUAGCUUAUAUUAUUUGCUCGGGGUCUAGUUUCCCCCCAUGACUUUUACCUAUGGCAGAGCCCGAGUGUUGCUUAGGUUUCUCUGCACCUCCUCUGUGGUGCCUGAAUCCUUGUCCUUAGCUAUUACGUGUUAGGUGUCGAUUUUCUGUUGAAAAUGGGCGUCUCUGUUGUGCGCGGGUGUGAUGGGGUGUGUGUCUAUCUAAUUGCCAUACGUUCGUUAUGUUUUGCUAUAUUCACGUCUAAUUGCCAGGUAUCCAAGCCACAGAGUGUCCUGGAUCACUGUGCCACUGAUCAGGUAUCAUUGUCUUUUUUUUUCAUUUUCCAUCUUCUAUUUCUCGUUUUGUUUAUCCUUAUUACUCUCCUUGUUUAUUAUGCUAUUUGUCUGUCUCAUAAUUGGCCCGUAUGGCCUCGAUCCCGGUUCCCCCAGGCCCCAGUAGUCUCGUAGGGGGGUAAGGAAAGGGUUAGGAGCAGUGGGUAACGGGCUAUGAUAUGUGGGGUGCGAUUCCUCCCGUAAGGAUCAGGUCAGUUGGUACCCCUGCUGUGUUUACCGGUGCGUCUCCAUCACGACGUUAACGGGAGAUGUAAAAGAACCAGGGCAUCCACAGCUCCGCAUGCCUGGUUCCUCGUCCUGUCAGAGUAGCAUGUGCUUCUUCUGCUCCCUGAAUAUCUUCUACUCUUCGAAUCCACUCUUUUCUAGUAGGUACUUCACUCUUUUUCCAGUGGGCUGGUAUGUUGGCCUUGGCGGCAUUAAGCAGGUGUCGUAAUAUCGAUUUCUUGUACGACGAUAACCCUAACAAUCCCUAUGUACUAUGUCAUCGAAAAGGUAUAAUGGGGCCCGGUCAGAGUGCUUCAAGUGUGCUUCUGCCUAACACUUCCUGGAUACAUUAGAGUGUGGGAUUGGACAUAGUGGCGGGUGUGGGUCAGGCUGCGUCAAGGUUCAUUUAUGUACAACAAUAAUCAAGAUUGUUUCCCUCCGCCUCCCCACCCACUCCACCCCUCUCCCUCUCUGCAGAUCAGAGUCGUUGGGUCUAAGUACAUGUGACCCAAAUUAAAGUCCUCGUCUGCAAUAAAGUGUCCCCAUCGCAGCGUUUGAGUUCAGGGUUUCUUGGCUGGUUAAUGGUUACCCGGAGGGACUGUUGUAUUCACUUCCCGCUUCCCCCCUACACCCUCCACCCCAAGGUUGUGUCCGCUAGCCCCGUGUUGGAUAUCAUCCAGGGUAUAAAAAUAGGGAGUCAAGUGUAUGUCCCGGAUGCUUGCUCCAUGGGUGUGUGACCCCCCUUUGUGUGCCCACAAGCCCGUUUUUCCCCCCUCCCCAAGCCCCUAUACGUUAUCCAAUUGUACCUGUUGGUGUAUCGUACACCAAUCCUGCUCAUCUUGGGCAUCAGGAGGCAUGUGUGGUUCGCAAGUGUCCAGUUGCAGGGGUCAAUCUCGCUAAGGUCAGCUUUGUUAGUUGGUGCCAUUGGAUGUCGGUUUGGGUUGGUUGUCGAGGAGUUUUGUGUGGCGGUUGUUGAUGUGGGUAGGUAGAUGCAUUCAUUCCUCCGGGGAUGUUGGGUCUCCGCGCCUUCCAGCGUGUUGCCUGGGCCCUCUCUGUGGUCUCGAUGGCAGGCCUCAGGAUCCCAGUAUCCAGUUGGGGACCGGCGGUGAGGGGAGGCCCAGUUCUCCCAUAAACUUGUGAUACCUCUUCCGGCCAUCUCAUGGUGAUCCAUUUAUUCUGGUGUCUAGCCAUCAAGGCAAAGGGGAAUCCCCAUUUGUAUGGUAUAUUAUGGUCUCUCAAUAUCGCUGUCACCGGGCGAAGAGCCCGCCUGGCCUCCAGUGUGAUGGGAGACAAGUCAUUAUAGAUCGAAACUUGAGCCCCUCUAAAGGGCCAGGCCGGCCGUUCCCAGGCUUUCGCCAUAAUAGUGUUCUUCACCGGGAAGGAGUGUAUGCAACAUAUUAGGUCCCGCGGCCCGUCUUCCACAGCUCGGGACCUUAGGGUCCCUGUGUGCCCUCUCAAAUUCUAUCUGUGGUGGUGGGGACGGUUGCAAUAGAGAAUGGAAGCGCUCCGUAAGUAUUUCUUUAGCAUUUUCCGCCCCUUCGGCUUCUGGCACACCGCGGACAUGGAUAUUGCAUCUCCUGCCUCUGUUGUCCACAUCUUCAAGAGGUCGGCACAUGGAGAGCAGCAUCUCGCCUUGGCGUGCAACCGCUGUGUCAGUAGUUGCCAUGCGGGCUGUGAGGGCUGCAUUUGCCUCCUCCGUCGUGGUGAUGUGGCCUGCUUGCGCGGUUAGCUCUGUGCGGAUCCCUGUCCUCAGCGUGUCCUGGAUGGUAGCUGUUAUAGCCUGGAGGUCGGCUUUUGUCACCAUUGAGGCCGUCAGGUCCCAUAGUGUGCCUUCAAUUCUAUCUAAGGCCGGGAACUCCUGCCCCGGACUGGAUGUCGACGCCAUUUUGGGACCUACAGAGUCCCCGCUUGCCCCGGGCUGUGGCUGUAGAAAUCCAUCCAGCGGGCCCUGUUGGGGGUUCCUUGGGGUCAGAGAUUGCUCAGGGCGUUUAGUGCGCCCCAUUAAGCUUAAAUUGCUGCGCUUUUACUGCUGUAUUGGGAUCCGGUGGAGCGGAGCUUUCUCUUUACGCAGCCAUCUUGGUCAGAGCCGGAACCACGCCCCCUGAAUGUUUCUAUGUGUUAUGUGAAAUGUCUUCAGCAAUGUUUGUGAAAGAGGCAGACGAAGCAUACUAGACCUUGUCUCAACUUGAAAUAUUCUGUUGUAUUGUACAAUGGCUUAUUGGGAGAAUUUAUAGUGGCACCAUCUCCAAAUUAAAACAGCGCCCUAUUCAAUGGGCUAUAAUAACAUGCUUGCUGACAGAGGGGACUAACAUACUGGAUGAAUUUUGCACUAGUCUAGUAUUUUAGCAGAGGUAUACAUUAACAUUAUUUGUAUGUAAUCGAAAAAUUAACUCCGUAUUUGGCUAAACAAGGUUUAUGGGUUAUGACCAAUACGUGGGGUGUCGUGAUAAUAGGAAGUGCUGCAAAUUGUUAGUGCAGUGUAUUUUGUUAUUGCUUUGCAUGUUCAGUGAUUUUGAAAGCAAACAUAAAUGAGAAGGUGCUUGGUGUACUUUUGCUGUUGAACUACACGUCCAAUGCAUAUUCACCCCAUGCACCGAGAAGCUGUUGGCACUGCUGUGUAGAUAUAUUCGGCAAUUCAGAAAAGACUGACUCUUUUGAUGUUGCCAGAUUGCUACAGGGAAAUUGUGUAAAUCUGGCAAUGCCAAAAAUACUGAGACAAAUCCACCUGUCGUUGUAACACUUGGGCAGAUACAAACAGUGGAGGACGGCUCUGGGUGACAGGAAAUUAUAUAGUUUUUGUCAAAUCAGUAAAAAACUUCUUGACAAAUUCAGAGGGACAUUACUUAAAAUCUGUAGCACUAUCAUCACUUUAUAUAACAAAAACUAGUGGUUAUGGUACUUGCAACAUCCUUUAUGUUUUUCCUUAGUUAAGAAUUGUUUUGAAUCUCUUCGUCUAUAAAAUAAUUGAAACAAUUUACAUAUAUAAACUUAGUCUGCCUGUUUUUGUGAAUUCUUUAGAGCUCAGCAGUGCCCUGACCUCUACACCAAAUUGUAAGGCUGUUAAUGGUAAGACAGAAAGUAGUGACAGUGGAGCAGAGUCGCAAGAAGAAGGUACAACAAGGCAUGAAAGCGAUGAUGAAGAAGAAGAAGAAGAAAGUGAAAAGGGUAUUUUAAGUUAGUUGUAAAAUUUUAUAAAUUAUCGUUUUACUUUCCUUUCUUGAAUACUGCAUUGCAGGUCUACUACAAAAUGAAGAUCCGUUUCCUUGAUUAGCUCUUUGAAGAAGUGGACACUGUUUAUUUUUGUUUAGUGGAAGAAAAGGCAUAGCUAAUUUUUCGGCGGAGGGGGGGUGGAGGGGUUUAUCGGUUAUUCCUUAAACUUAGAAUUGUAGACCAUUUUUAGUCCCCUGGCCAAUUGUCCACAUUUCCCUGUGUGUUCUUGUAUUUCUUUUUAUUUUGUAGUCCUUUACCAUUUUGCGUUGUUCAGACUUUUUUUGUUUGUGAGUUACGUUUUCUUGGUUUAUUCAUGCUUGCACACCUCAAUGCCGUGCAGUGUUUUUGAUCAUCCACAUGUGGGUUAUACGGGGAGAUACAGUUAUGCCUGUUUUUGUGUUUUAUGAUAGAAGAACAGGAACAGGAUUCAGCAGUUCAAACAACCCCAAAGACCGCUGUUGCUAAUGGCUUACUGAUGAAUCACAGUGACUACAUUUCAGAUAUGGCCAAUUACACCCCUACUAAAUCGUCUCUUAAUGAGGCCAACGAUGAGAUGGAUGUAAAUGAGAAGAAACUUGAUGCAGUGGAUGUUGAAGGUCCUUUAGAAAGAGGCGACGGUAUAUCUAGGUUUCUCUUUUUUUUUUUUUUUUUUUUGAGUUUCAAAGAAAGCUAAAAUUCACAGUAUCAGCCUGCAACCACUCAUAUCACAUCCUGCUAUUCUCUCCAGUAAUAUACUGAGAUCAGGGAGUUAUAUCACAGUAACAGCGAUCACUCAGAUCACACACUGCUAUUCUCUCCAGUAAUAUACUGAGAUCAGGGAGUUAUAUCACAGUAACAGCGAUCACUCAGAUCACACACUGCUAUUCUCUCCAGUAAUAUACUGAGAUCAGGGAGUUAUAUCACAGUAACAGCGAUCACUUAGAUCACACACUGCUAUUCUCUCCAGUAAUAUACUGAGAUCAGGGAGUUAUAUCACAGUAACAGCGAUCACUCUGAUCACAUAUGGCUAUUCUCUCCAGUAAUAUACUGAGAUCAGGGAGUUAUAUCACAGUAAUGGCAAUCACUCAGAUCUCACACUGCUAUUCUAUCCAGUAAUAUACUGAGAUCAGGGAGUUAUAUCACAGUAACAGCGAUCACUCUCAUCACAUACGGCUAUUCUCUCCAGUAAUAUACUGAGAUUAGGGAGUUAUAUCACAGUAACAGCGAUCACUCAGAUCACAUACGGCUAUUCUCUCCAGUAAUAUACUGAGAUCAGGGAGAUGGUCUGUCUGCCAUUUAAAAAAAAUCUGAAUUGCACACCCUGAUGCUUGCAAACAGCACAGCAUUGGAAGAUCAUUGGCAAUUAAACAUGGCAAAUUCAACUACAUUUAACACUUUAUUUCAACAUGCUUUCCUUUUUUUCCCUUUAUUUUAAAUCUGUUGUAAAGUCUAUGUAAACGUUUGUUUACAUAAUAACGAAGGGUGCUGUAACCUGCUCUGUUGUCAUUUUGACCUGGGUUGCUCAUGUUUACACACAGGCCAUUUUUGAAUAUCUUGAUCCAUUAAUCAUUUCCUAACUAGAAACAGCCAGGGAAUGUUCAUGUGGUCUGUUAUUGCUUCUGUGGUACAACCAAUUCACCUAAAGUACUAGGACUCGUUUUACGUUUGCUUAAACUUUAAAGUUAAGAUACCAUUAUAGGUAAAUGUAGCAAUACCAUAUAAACUGUUUUAAGCAACUGCUUAAAUCUUUCAUUGGCACAAUGUCAUAGCUAGUAAUCUUCCAUGUUUACCCAGAAUGUCUUGGAUUUGUGAUGACAUUGUGACAAUGUAAUACUGUCUAUGGACAGAAGGUAGCACUUGUCUUACUAUGUGCUGUAAAGUCUGAUUUCAAACCCUGUGUCACGUGGCUCGGUUCCUUUCUACUAAUAAACGGUAGAACGUAAUACACCCGAAAAAAAACAUGGACCUGAAUCUUAAUAAGCAUAACAAAUGCUUAGAUUGUCAGCUCAGGCUGUCUAUGCAGCCUCUUUAAUCUCAUACUGCUGCAUUUUCGUAUUUCGUUAAAAAUGAAAUUCUGUUUGAACUGUCUUGUCUGUUCCUUUGAACAUACCACAGUGCCUUCCUCAUUUUAAAUGUGAAUUUUUUUAUUUCCCAUCCCCACUGUCAGCUAAAUAUAUCCAGUGCAGCCUCAGGGAACAUUGGGUUCUGAAGAGUAAUUUGCCACUUAGUAAAUCAGUUCUCUCAGUUAUAAUUACAUUUUUUUUUUGCUCUUGAGUACCUUGUUUUUAUCAAAAUCCCAUUAAACUGAAAUAAAGUGCAGAUGGAUAGGGAGGUGAGCAAACAGAGAUUAUCCAGGAGGGAAACUGUUCAUUAUUUAGAAUAUAAGAUGUCUAAUAUAUAGGAUUUGCGAUCCCUUCCGGUUCUCUUAAUUAGAAUUGUACAUUGUUUGUUUUGUACAAAUUUACGUUUUCCUCAUUGAGCUUAAAACAAAAAUGAGUAAAAAUGUAAAAACUAUCAUUACUGCUACAUAUUUAUUUCAUAAAGCGGAUUUGAUUAUUUGUGUCUCUUGCUUAUAGAAGAGGAUUGCCCAGAUGAUCUUGUUGCAAUGCAACAUUUGACAAGUGAUUCGGACAGUGAGAUUUUCUGUGAUUCUAUGGAGCAGUUUGGACAAGAAGAGGUAAGCAUCUCAGUCUGACCUGGGUAGACCGAUCACUGCGUGGAAAAUUAUUUUUUUUUAAAAAACAAAACAACUGAAUAUGGCUCCCUCCAUGAGACACAUUUAGGAACUCUGCCUCAAAAGGAAAAGUUGCAUCCGUCAAUGUUUACCAUGCAGCUAUUUGCAAAGCAUUGUGGGGAUGCUAAAUGCACCAUCGACAUCCGAAUCCCAAGCAUGGGACCCUGUGAAGACUGUACCAUUUGUUCCCAAAAGCAGCGAUAACCUGAGACUGUCAUGGGCAAUCAUACCUACGCAAUCCUGUCUUACAUACAAUGCUUUCUUCCUUUUCUCUGUUUUUUUCUUAAAUUUUUCAUUUCCAGUUUGGUUUACCUGAAAUUUAGAUUGUAUGCAUUUAAUCUCCUUCAUACAUGCUCAUGAUUCCCAAAACUCCUAACUUGGUCCUUACCAGCCAGCGGGCAACAAACCACACCGGAGUUGAGCCAGGGGCUCUUGUUCAACUCACACCCUCAGUGGCCCCCUCAGGUUAGGGGUCGAUACGAGAUCCCGCUUAACGUCGCAACCUUCACUAACCCCCUAGUCGACACUGGAGGGAACGCAUUGACAGACCAAGCGAACUAGCAAGGCAAAAACCUCUACGGUCCAUCCAAUCAGACAAAUCCAAAGUUAUAUAGGCGACACCUCAUCCCUUGCCCCGCGCAUAUCCCCAUAAUGACUCCGUUGUGGACGGAAAUAAUGAACGUAUUUAAAAAAAUUGAGCAGACUAGAUGGGCCAAAUGGUACUUAUCUGCCGUCACAUUCUAUGUUUCUAUGAAAGAAAAAAACCUUAAGUCUGUUGAGAGCCCCCCCUAUAUAGCGUACACUAGUCUCCAUACCAUCAAGAGGUUCAUGCAUAGCAUUGAUUAGCACGACAAUAUAAAACCGGUGCAGUGCCUUCUCUAUUUAAAUGCCUUGCUGUAUAUACAGGAGUUGAUUGUUAUAACUCUGGUAAUUCAUAGUUCAUUGAAUGUAAAUAUUAUCUUGCACCACAAAAAUAAAGAAUUAUAAAAAAAAAAAAAUAUAUAUAUAUAUAUAUAUAUAUAUAUAUAUAUAUAUAUAUAUAUAUAUAUAUUCGAGCAAGCUGCCAUUUUUGUUUGCUCUAAUGUGUACCAAUGAAAAACAUUGGUUUUGUGUUACACUCUGAUUUGUCCCAUAACUGCAUUUCAUGUGAUUAACAGGUGGAUCACAGUCAGCUGCUGGAGGAUGCCAUGUUAUCAGACGAUGCUAUGGAAACUUCAGCUGGCGAUGCUAAGAAAUAUGGAGGGAAUGAUAAACACCCAUCUAGUCGCACACCUCAAAAAGAAAAAUUUGGAAGUGAAAAGUCAGGUUAUACUGGUUCCAGACGAGGAAAAGGUACACUCCAAAUCCUUCCUUAGUAAUUCAUCAGAUUGUUCAGUUUCAUGAUUAUGAUUAGUUAUAGGAACACUCUAGUGUCCCUUUUCCACUGCUGCAGCAUUGAAAGGGUUAAAAAAACAAAAACAAAAAAAACCAACAACUUUUUUUUUCACUUACCAUAUUUUAGAUCCAAUGUCUCUCUGCGCUGGCUCAGUCUCUUCCUCCUCAGCAUUCGCAAUAACAGGAAGAGACACUAAAGGCAGUCUUGACACUGCAAUGGAAACGUAGUUUCUCUAAAACUGCAAUGUUUUACAUCAGAGGAUUAAAGGGACAGGGACACUGCACCCAGACCACUUCAAUGAAAUGCCUAUAGCGUCCUUAAAGUUGUCCAUUAAAAGUAGUAAUCCCUUUAAGCACUUUGAAUUUAGUUGGAUUUAAAAACCUUGACUUAACCAAUUGGCUUUAUUCUUGAAGUCACCAUGCCUAUGUUUCUGCUGGUUUGCACUACUUUGGAAUUUGUAACACAUCAUUUUCCUACAUGUUCGGAAGAACUUGCCUCUGGUCCACUGGAUCUGUAUAUUAACAAAUUUUUUUUUUUUUCCUUUAAAUGUUUAAGUUAGUCAUGCGAAUCGUAUGGGUGACGGUUUUCGAGUAGGUCAGAUGGAUAGCGGUGGAGAUGGAGAACGUUGGGGAUCAGAGAGAAGUCCAAGUGACAGUCUGACUGAACAGAUUAAUGUGAUCCUGAUGCGGUUGCAGGAGGAUAUGCAGAAUGUUCUUCAAAGGCUCCAUACACUAGAGUCCCUCACUGCCUCGCAGGUACAGGCUCAUUAAUGAAAGAUCACCAUUACAUGGGCUAUUUCAACAUGGCUUUUUAUCGAUAAAAUAGCAGUGAUGAUUCGCUAUAGCUGAAUUCUAUGAAAAAAAAUUCUAAACUAUAUUUUUAGCAUGAUCCUGCCAUCAGCAAUAUCUUGCCUGUUUACGUUAGAAUCCUUAUCUGCUUUGUCUUCUGCUGUUUCCUGUAGUCAGUUUUUAAACGAACAUGCAAAAUUUCAGUCAAAAUAUCAAAGUUGGGAAAAUAAGAUCCUACUCAACAAUUUUGAAUACAAUUUGCAGCACCUUAACGCAAAUUAUAUUAUUAGAGGGAAGAGAUUUAAAUGAAUUCUGUGUCAAGCAUGCAUUAACCAUUCAUUUUUACUUGAAACCGUUUUAAUUUUACCAUGAGCGAUUCUAACCUGCUGCUACUUUAUUACUUUAGUACAGCGGACCAUGUAAAAUUGAAGGAAAAAGCUAUUUUUGCUUUUUAUAGCAGACAUCUAUACAGCAAGCCUGGGAGUGCUAAGGAGAAAUAACAUCAUGAUCAAACGGACAAAACAUUUUGAAACCAUUGCAUUUCUGUAAUAUAAUUUUUGUAUAAUAAUAGUCUAUUACAUAAAUCUAAGCAUUGCUAAAUAAACACACUUUAUGCUUCUGCUUUAGGCAAAGUCAUUGGCUGUUGAGUCAAGUUAUAGAAAGCCUGCGAAAAAGGUAAGAAAUAAGUUUGUGGGGUUUGUUGUGUAUAUUUAUUUACUGAAUUUGUGGAACUGUUGAUGGUGUGAUGUAUAUUUGUGCAAACUGGCUAAUGAGUUUAAAAGGAACAUUUAAUUUUGCUAAUAUAAACCGUUUCAAGUAUUGUAAGCUCACAGGCCGUCUUGCAUAGCCCUCUGUAGGAGAUGUUGCAGACAUUAGACUGAAGACCACAGCCAGGGUUCUGUACUCCUCGUGUAUCUAAUUAUGUAUCAAUUUGUCUGUAAAAAUGCCUGUUUGUUUUGCUUAAUCUGUAAAGUCUGAGUGCUGUAUGAGACCGAUUAAAAAUGUAUUUUAUUUUUUUUUUUAAAUCAUGCUUUUUCUCCAGUUCCACCUCUAUUUGCUCUUUCCGUUUUAAUGUGCAGAUCUGCCAAUUACAUCUCUCAUUCAAUAUCCCUGUGCACGUAUGCUGAUAACAUUGCACAUCUUCAUGUUGUACAUAUCACCUGGGUAUGGGUUCUUUGCUAAUGUCAAGGAAGGGCAGUGGGAGCAGCAUUACCCUCUGAUUUAACCAGGCCUUGUGCUUUGUGUAAAGCAGCUUGUGACUUCAGAGGGAUUUCAGAGUUUGGGUCGAGCAUGCAAGACAGGGCUGGACUGCCAAUAAGAAGCAGCCUUGGAAAUAUCUUUCUACCAGUCCUAUAACUCCUCAUACUAGCAUACUGCCAAGAUAUGUGGAAUAAAAAAAGUUUAAAGUGAAAAUUAUCAGGGAGAAUUUUGACUAAAAUUUGAAAUACACAUUAGAUUUACUCUGAAUUACUACAAUAAUAUUCACUUUUUAGUGGCUAACUUCAUCUCUCUAACAUGAAGAAAUGCACUCAUAUGUUUAAGUAACAGGGCUGAACUACUGAUUAUACACGGUUACACACCUGCCAACAGCUAGACAUUGUCUGUAAGUGUCUGUCCAUUUCUUUAUCUACACACACCUAUCCUUCUCAUUCAGUGCCUCUCUCUGCGGUUUUUUUGUGCAGAAAUAUUUUUUAUAAAUUAAAUUUAUAUAAAAGAUGAGCUAGAGAUAAAAAAAAAAAAAAAAGGCUUAGAAGUUGGGGAUAAAACAAAGCCAGGUUCAUGCUGGGAAAUAAAAGUCUGGAAAUAUAUUAAUUGGCUGUUCUGAAUAUUUUGCACUAUGUCAUUCUAUAGAGUGGAGUGAGGAUUCAUGACUGUAAAGAAGCAGAAUAAUAUAUUCCUGUCAUCUAGAACUACUUUUUUUGCCCCUUAGAGACCAUCUUGGUGGCCCUUUGGCAUUUCUCCAGGAACAGCAGCAUUUGCAAUUAUAUGGCCAUUUGUUGCUCAUUGGCUAAUGAACGCAUAUCUUCAAAGAAAAAGAAGGUAAUUUUCAUGUGUCUUAAAACUUACAAAUGAAGGAAUAACUGCAACAAGAAUAGCACAAUUUUAAUUUGACCAGUAUCUAUUUGGAGUAUUUAACACAAGUCUGAGGAAUGGCUAUUAUGAUCUUUAGCAAAUAAGUUCAAGUUGCUGGGAUUUUUUUUGUUUUUUUUGUUUUCUGAUUCGCACACGAACUUGCUCUACACCGAUUUAAAGGGACACUAUAGUCACCAAAACAACUACAGCUUAUUGAAUUUGUUCUGGUGAGUAGAAUCAUUACCUUCAGGCUUUUUGCUGUGAACACUGUCUUUUCAGAGAAAAUGCAGUGUUUACAUUACAGCCUAUUGAUAACUUCACUGGCCACACCUUAGAUAGCUGUUAGAGAUCCUUCCUGGAUCAUGGCUGCCUAAAAUGCAUCCAAACAUUCAGUAUCUCCUCCCUCUGCAUGCAAACACUGAACUUUCCUCAUAGAGAUUUAUUGAUUCAAUUCAUCUCUAUGAGGAGAUGCUGAUUGGCCAGGGCUGUGUUUGAAUCAUGCUGGCUCUGCCCCUGAUCUGCAUCUUUGUCAGUCCAAAGUCCAAUCCUCUGGGGAAGCAUUGUGAUUGGCUCAGGCUACCACUUCUGAUGAUGUCAGCAGACUGCUUGUUUUUAUGAGCCUAACAGCAUGCAUUGUUACAGCUUCAGGCUUGAAUACAGUAAGAUUUUUACUAUAUUUAUGGAGGCAUGAUGGGCUCGAUGGUGGUUUUAACACUAUAGGGUCAGGAAUGCAUGUUUGUGUUCCUGACCCUAUAGUGAUCCUUUAAGCUCUAAAACAUUGUGACCAUACAGUAUUUUUAAAUAUUUAGGGAGUAAAUCCGCUUUUGUUCCCUAAACACUAUAAUUUUAACAAUUUGUUUUGCAACAGUCAGGGUUGAUUAAAAUGUUACAUUUUUACACCAAAAUAGCCACAUCUGGGAAAUAAUUUUUUUUUUUUUCAGUUCCCCUAUUUUUGACUGAAAUUCUAAAUUUACUUUGAAUUCCUAACAAUUUCUAUUUGACUGCAAAACCCUGAAAAUCUUUAUUUUUAUUGCAUUACAGAAUGUUUAUGAAUUAUUCCUUCUGAUAUCAUGUAGUGGUGUAAUGUUCACCAUAACCUUAUGUUUGUAUCUGUACUAAAAAAAAUAUAUAAAAUUUAUAUAUAAUAUUUUAUAAGGGCAUAAAGAUAUUACAACAUUGUCCACAAGAGUGAUGACUUGGGAAUUAAGAGUCCAAAAGUUGUGGUUGGUAGACUCUUUUUGUUCUUAAAGCACUGUUUUGAUAUUGCAGCAUUGGUAAACACAAGAUGAAAUGUAUUCCGGUAACUUGAAAUUCAUUUCAACAUUCUUUCACCUUUACUUUUAGGAAGUUGACCUGAUUGUGUGAGUUAAAGCUCUUCUGGCUGAAAGAUCAGCAGAGAUGUCCUGCAAUCGACUUAACGUGGAUCGCAAAGGCUGAGACAUGUUCAGUUUGCUAUAGUAAAUUCAUUGCACUACAUGAAUAACAAAAUUAAGGACUAAUUUUACUAAGGCUUGGAAACCAGGAAUAAUAAACCAUGUUGGCUGUAGUAUUAAGAGUUACUUUUACCAUGUAUGAAGACUAAAUUAUUUUUAAAAAAUAUUGAAAGCAUGUAAUAGAUGUAAUAUAAUUUUGCAAAAAAAAUCCAGGACGAUGCAAUUGUAACAGAUGUACAAAUAAAAUCAGUUUGAGAGGAUUGUAGGAAAUUGAGAAUGUUUCCUUGUGUUAAUUUUUUAUUACUAUUAUAAAUAAAACUUACCUGAAAUGAAG